AACAUCAGUUCACACCCAGGAGUGCAACGGUACGCUUGUAUUGAUCGAAAAUUGUUUGUUUGUUUGUCUGAAGGUAAAUUUUAUUAUAUGUUUUGUUUAUUAGCCGCGGUUUGAGAACAAGUCAUAAUUUCAUCUUAAAUUGCCAAAGUGAAUUGUUUUAAUUACCUUCUCAAUAAUGAAUGCUAUACUUAAUGAAUUGUUAAUAAAAUGCUAUAGUUAGGAUAUAAAAAUAUAUUAGUGAGUUAUCGCCAUACCAAAGGCAAACAAAUUUAAAUUAACGCAAAAUAAUUUUAAUUUUCUAAUCAAAGCCGCCAUCUAAGCCCAAUCGACUAAAACUAUUCAUUAUAUAAAAAAAUCUUCGUUAUUUAUUUUUCCAUUUCAAAAAGAUCGUAAGUUUAUUUCCAUUGAGGACAAUUUUCCUAAAUCAAUCACAAUAAUGCGGUUUGGUCAUCAUGUGAUGUUCGUUACGCCCAGCCACCGCUAGAGAGCGCUAGUUGUACAAUCUUAUUAUUUUGAGAAAGAUACCUUUGAAGUUCAUUUCGUGUUUAAGAUCAUUCGAGAUUAUUUUUAGAGGCACCUUUUACGAAAUUUAUAUACUACUACUGUGGGUAUUAUGUACAUAAAUUUCUAAAAAUAAUACCUCAUUUCUAAUACUCUUUUGAUAUAUUUAAAGUAAAGAGCGAAAUGAACUUUUCUGUAACCGUGCCUUUAUCUCAACCGUCCAGCGUACUGGAGUAUUUUUGUUGUCCCAACUACUUUCCUGGCGUUAGGAAGUCAAGCAAUCUGCAUUCCAACUAAACGACAACAUGCUGGAUCGGCAUUUUCAAGAAGAUUCUUCUAGAUCUCUGGAAGAGAUUCAAUCAAUUCAAAUUCACUGGUGGUAGGACCUCUUGUGAGUCGGCGCGGAUAGGUGCCAACACCGUGCCUAUAUCUGCCGUGAAGCAAUAAUGCGUUUCGGUUUGAAGGGUGGGGCAGCCGUUGUAACUAUACUUGAGACCUUAGAACUUAUAUCUCAAGGUGGGCGGCGCAUUUACGUCGUAGAUGUCUAUGGACUCCUGUAACCACUUAACACUAGGUGGGCUGUGAGCUCCUCUAAAAAACUGGUUUCUUCAGAUCAUCAUCAUCAUAGUCGGUUACUCUUGACAGAGCAGGUGUGGUCGUAUCGAAUCCUUGUUUAUUACAGCCUUGACAGAGGUUCUCCAUAGUUUGCGAACUGAGGCUUGGCACACUCACUCGUCAAGUGGGGUUAUGGUAAGUGGUAAGGACUUAAUGUCUGUGGUUAGUUGACAGGUAAUAUGACUGACGCGAAGCUACUACUGGAGCCGGGGCAGGUUAUCCGUCCGAUAAUCGACCACGAGCAGGUGAAGCUACUGGCCGAGCGUCUCUACGGGAUAUCCGUGCUGGACCUGACCGAGCUGAACGGCUACGACGACAAGAACUACAAGCUGACCGAGGACCCGAACAUGAAGAACCCGCUCAUCACGAACCACUCGCCCUACGGCUACGUCCUCAAGAUCAUGAAUUCGAUUGACUCGCAGAACGUCGGCGUUGUCGAGGCCCAAAAUGAGAUUAUGAAUUUUUUGGCCACUCGCUCCGUGACCUGUCCCAAGCCAGUACGGAAUAUAUUCGGUCAUCUACACUCCAUCGAGGACCUGGGAGGCAAGAAACACGCCGUAAGACUGCUGGAGUAUGUACCGGGAGAGCUCUUGAAGAACUGUCCCUUGUCCGAAGCUCUCCUGUAUCAGCUCGGAGAAUUUGUCGCUAAUCUGGAUAACAAAUUGCAGAACUUCAACCACUCCGGUCUGGUCAGCAGACAGCACAUGUGGAUGCUCUCUAUGGUCCCAGAGCUGGAGAAAUUCAAGUAUGUGAUCAAGGACUCGGAGAAGCUGGAUUUAGCAGAAGAGGUGAUAGAAGAAUUCAAGUAUGCUGUGGUGCCACGCUUGGACGAGCUGGAGAAGGGAGUGAUCCAUGGUGAUAUCAAUGAGAUGAACGUGCUUGUUCUACCGAAGGAUGCUGGCGCAUCGGAUUAUCGCAUAUCAGGAGUGAUCGAUUUUGGGGACAUCCAAUAUUCGUACUACGUGUUUGAGCUGGCCAUCACUAUGACGUACAUGAUGCUGAUGUCCGGGGACCCCAGGGUAGGGGGACUGGUGCUCGCCGGCUACACGGUCACCAGGAGGCUGCCUGAUGAAGAAUACAGACUAUUGAAGACCCUGAUCUCGGCUCGUCUGGUCCAGAGUUUGAUCUUAGGCGCGUACACUCUGGAACAAGACCCGAAAAACACGUAUGUCACGUCCACUGAGAAAGCGAAUGGAUGGGAACUGCUCCGAAAGAUCAGGAAAACGAAACCCACAGAGAACGGAGACCCCACGGACUGGAAGGCCAUUGCCAAUGAGUUUUUGACUAGAAGCUAAAUAAACGUAAAAAUAAUAAUAUUGGUAAUAGGUGGAGCAUUAAGAGCGUUUUGCAUGAAGCCACCAAUAGAAAGUAUUGUAACCAAAAAUUUGUUUUUGAGUUAAAGAAGUAAUGUCAUUUAUUUUUAGUGUGUAAUCGAAAAGUAAUCGAUUUUUCACGUAAUAAUAUGUCACUGAAAUUAAUUACGAACAUUCUGUUUUGUAGGACCUAAAUACGCAAGUCCAGACGUAGAAUAAUAAUUUGAUAGUAAAGUUGAAAAGAGGUAAUUAAUGUAUUCUUCAACUUUCUUAUCUUCUUGAUCUUUAAAAAAUAUAGAUUUAUUGGAGAAAUAAAAAUCCAGUUACAUUUUUAGCAUUCAAAUAAGAAUUCAGUUACAGUUAUAUUUCAAUAAUCACAUAUUUAUAACAACUAUAAGCAAAAAGAGAAUAAUUGAAAGCGAAAUGCUUGCUUAGUAUGAUGUUGUAAAUGAAUAAAAUCCAUAUUAAUAUUCCGUAGUGUUGUUACGUAGGAAGUUAGGUAGUAGUUUAUUUGUAUUCAGAUAAGUAUUAUGUUUGUAAAUCAUUAGUAUUAAAUAAAGACUGUUAAGUGAA